UAUACGGUUCUAUUUUUAAUUUAACUGUGUAAUGCUAAAUCGGGUGCAAAAUUGCGAUUAUAGAUUUGACAACGCUCACGGAAGUGCCCCACUGGUCAGAGAGAAUAAAAUUUUGAUUUGAUCUUUUAAAUCCGAGUAAGGUUCCAGAAGUUCAAAACGGUGUCUGUUUAACUCGCCUGGAUGCUUGUGGCUGAGAAAAAGGAAAUGGAAGAAAGGGAGAUAAACAAACGAACGGACACUGAAAAUAAUGGACACCCAGACCCACAGACUUACACGUUCAAAAACGAGAGCGGUAUAAGGGAAGGCCCUGAUUCAUCAUCAUCAUCAUCACCAUCAGCGGCGGCAAGAAGAGAAGAAGGGUUUUGGGGAUCGUCACCAUAUCGCGAUCCAACUACAUCAUUUUACGAAAGGGACCAAUUUGGUGACCCUAUAUCACCACACAGUGAUUACCAAGGUACACGCACUGACUACUGGCAAACUUGGGAUGCGACAGGCACAAACGAUAUAGCAGCCCAACCACCCAUUUGCGUCUCCGUGACAACAACACCCAGAAUAUACCUUACGCGGACGGAAACAAGUGCUAUAUUAGAUCGGAUACAAUUAGCUAUUUUCGUGGCUUGUACUGGACCAUUGACACCAAGCCAAACUCGUUAUGCACCAGCUUUUCAAGUAAAUGCCAUACAUAGCGAAGGCGUCCUAAAGAUGUGGUGUAAUGAUGAAAGAAGUCUUUUCUGGCUCGAGGAAACAGUCUCUAGAAUGUCUUCGCCUAUGGUAGGGACAGCGCUCACAGUCACAGUUCUGUCAAAAAUACAACUUAGGUCGAGAUUAGAACUAUAUGUACCUAACUUUGAAGGAGGUAUGGAACAAUUACACCAGAUUUUAUCAGUGCAGAACCCCUGGUAUAACGUAUCUCUGUGGGCUCUGUUUAGAUACGUAAAGUUAACAGGAAACCCACCCGGCGUAUUUCUAAUACUGGGAGUACCAAGUGAAGAGCUGCCCAAGAUUAUGGCGCGUGAUUUAAAGGUCGCUUACUUAACGGGUACCAUAAAUAUACGGUUAUUCCAGGAUACGGAUAUAUCACAAAACUCGGAACUAGGGGCUACUACCAUACUGAAAAUGGAGGCAGAGGACUCCACUGACAGCACAGCAACUACGGCAUCGUCCGUCAUUGAAGUCCUCGACACAACAGAGGACGAGCUGUCGGAUCUCCGGACAUAACCCAACGCAUGAGAACUUACACACGCACGUCACAAACAUAAAAUAACACUACACAAAAUCACACAUAUUACUAAAAAAUAAUAAUGACGGAUCUAAUCCGUCUCGUGCCUCCGGGCACAAACCGACGAGCCUAGCUAGCUUAACGGACCUAACCUCCAUGGCCACGGCGGUCCGCACAUUCGCCUUCAAGCGCAUGGAUGCUUGUGGCUGAGAAAAAGGAAAUGGAAGAAAAGGAGAUAAACAAACGAACGGACAAUGAAAAUAAUGGACACCCAGACCCACAGAAUAACUAUCAAGCCGGCCGGCAGACUUACUCGUUCAAAAACGAGAGCGAAAUAUGGAAAGGCCCCGAUUCAUCUUCAUCACCAUCACCGGCGGGAAGAAGCGAAGGAGGAAGCGAUGUGGAGCCGUUGCAUUGUGACAUAACUAUUGGAUAGAAGCAGGCGUUACUUUGCGGAAAUCCAUGAUAUA